GGAUUUGCUGCGGGCAGUCCAAGUCAGCAAGUCAGUAAGAAGUCGCUCGUUGCAGGAAUACCGCAGAAAACUCUGGAAUUUUAACCCCCCUGACUUCGCUUCUGCUGGGAAUUUGGGACUUUUCAUCCACAGACAGAAAAAGCGAGAGCGAGUCCACCCGGUUAGUCGUCGAUGACGCACGACAAAAAAGCUUGUCCUGAUGUGACGCACUUCGCCCACGGAGCCUCGCGGCAACAUGCUACACGCACGGACACAGCGCUCAGCGUUCCGGGUCCAAAGAGCCAGCGAGCCAGAGGAACUUCUUCUCAUAUUGUGAUAGCAGACCAGCAAACAUCUCCCGUGAAGCUUCCGGACCGCAAAGUCGUGUCGGGACCGCCGGGACCGUCCGUCCCGCCCCUCCUGGCGCGGCCCCGUCCCGCCCGAGCGUCCGUCCGGUCGCGCCGCAGGAUGGGAGGUGUCCUGUUGCGUCUGGCCGUCAUGGCCGCCGCGCUGCUGAUGGUCCUCAGAGCGGAAGCCGCGGGUCAGAACCCGGACCACGUCCUCCAGGGCACGGGCGUGAAGGCGGAGGUCAGGCGGCCCGGCGAGGACUCCACCGUCGCCCCCGAGGACGCCGCUCGCUUCCUCAGCUGCUACUGCUCCGGGCACUGUCCCGAAGACGCCGUCAACAACACCUGCCAGACCAACGGUCAGUGUUUCGCCAUCGUCGAGGAGGACGAGCACGGCGAGGCCCUCCUUACCUCGGGCUGCGUCAAGUAUGAAGGCUCGCACUUCCAGUGCAAGGACUCUCCCAAAGCUCAGACCAGGAGGACCAUCGAGUGCUGCGGUACCGACUUCUGCAACCGAGAUCUGCAGCCCACGCUGCCCCCGCAGGCUCCUUCAGGUAGCGUUUGUCGUGGCAGUUUCCGGCGGUCGGCUUCAUUCCCCCCCCCCCCCCCCGUCUUGUUUCCAGAAAGCAGCCCCCACUGGUUGGCCUUCCUCAUCUCCAUGACGGUGUGCUGCUGUACGCUCGUUUGUGUCACGGUCGUUUGCUACUACAGAUACAAGUGGCAGAGCGAGCGUCAGCGUUACCACAAGGACGUGGAACAGGAAGUGUUCAUCCCUGUCGGGGAGUCUCUCAAAGACCUCAUCCACCAAUCGCAGAGCUCCGGCAGCGGCUCCGGGCUCCCCCUGUUGGUGCAGCGGACCAUCGCCAAGCAGAUCCAGAUGGUUCGCCAGAUCGGUAAAGGUCGUUACGGCGAGGUGUGGCUGGGCCGAUGGCGAGGCGAGAAGGUGGCCGUCAAAGUGUUCUUCACCCGAGAGGAGGCCAGCUGGUUCCGAGAGACCGAAAUCUACCAGACCGUCCUCAUGAGACACGACAACAUCCUCGGCUUCAUUGCGGCGGACAUCAAGGGCACGGGCGCCUUCACGCAGCUCUUCCUCAUCAGCGACUACCACGAGAACGGCUCGCUGUACGACUUCCUGAAGACGGCCACGCUGGACACGGCCACGCUCCUGCGCCUGGCGUACUCGGCCGCCUGCGGGCUGUGCCACCUGCACACCGAGAUCUACGGCACGCAGGGCAAACCCUCCAUCGCCCACCGCGACCUCAAGAGCAAGAACAUCCUCAUCAAGAAGAACGGCACCUGCUGCAUCGCCGACCUCGGCCUCGCCGUCAAGUUCAACAGCGACACCAACGAGGUGGACGUCCCCCUGAGUACGCGUAUGGGCACGCGGCGCUACAUGGCCCCGGAAGUUCUGGACGAGAGCCUAAAGAAGAACCAGUUCCAGGCCUACCUCAUGGCCGACAUGUACAGCUACGGAUUGGUCGUCUGGGAGAUGGCGAGGCGCUGCGUCACCGGAGGUAUGGUGGAAGAGUACCAGCUUCCGUAUUACGACACGGUGCCGUCGGAUCCGUCGUACGAGGACAUGCUGGAGGUGGUGUGCGUCAAGGGGCAGCGCCCCACGGUGUCCAACAGAUGGAACAGCGACGAGUGUCUGCGCGUCAUGCUGAAGCUGAUGUGCGAGUGCUGGUCGGCCAGCCCCGCGUCGCGCCUCACCGUCCUGAGGGUGAAGAAGACGCUGGCCAAGAUGGUCGAGUCGCAGGACAUCAAAAUCUGAAGCGCCAAAACACAACCAAUCGAGACACUUUGGGAGAAAAGGAAAAACAAAAAGCGCAAGUCAUCGCGCUCGUCCUUCUUCUCGUCUUCCUCCGGUGAUGCUUUCCGUGAAAGCAACGCAGACCACUUCCUGUCCCGUUCAGCAACUUCCUGUCCGGUUCAUCCACUUCCUGUUAGGUUUCGGAGGAAAAAAGAAAAAAAAACGAUUUGAACUUUGGAUUUCCUCGUCGUGUUCGUCUUCUAAAAUGUCUCGGCCGCAGGGAGGCGUAGACUGUCCGUCCUGUUCUUGUCGUCCGUUUGUUUAUAAACAAGAGGCGGAGCUGCUCGCUGCCACAAGCAAUCUCAUUGAUGGAGACAAACCUCAGUGGGUGGAGCUGAUGAGACGGAAAGUGAAUUUUCACAUUUUAUUUAUAACAAACACAAUGCUCAUGUACGCAAACAUGAUGUGAAAGUAAUUUUAUACGUGAUGCACGGCAAUAUGGAGGCAGCACCAACACUAAUUUAGCAUUAGCUCGCAUGCUAGUUAUUUGAAGCUGAUAAGGCUAACAGUUAAACGUCAAGACCACAAACUAAGGUUGGGCAACAUGGCCUGAAAAGAAAGUAUCAGCUUUUUUUUUUCUUCCCACAAAAAUCCAAUUUACACUUUUAAUCUAAUAUUUUUCCUCUUGUGAAAAAUAACAUCAUUCAACCCUACCCUAACCCUGUCUUUGCGGGAAUUAAGUCGCUAGAUGCUAAUUAUAGGUUGUCAAAACAGAUUAAUUUUAUAAACUAGUUCCUCUCUUUUUCCAACCAUUUUGUUAUUGUAUGCAAAAUUAACAAAAAUAUAUUUUUCUUGUUAAAAAUUGUCCCGACAAAUGAACUGUACUUAAUGGCCCACCCAUCCCACCAAGCAAAGUUAACGUGCUAGCUGUCAUCAUUUUGUCCGGCAACGAGCGAAUGGCUAACUUGUUUGUAGUUGCUAAUGUAUGCUAGUUUGGCUCCUCCCACUGAGCUUUCAUACGUCCAGACUCUUGUAAAUGUGUUUGUUUGUUGUUGUUUUUAACUUAAGACUUUCUACAGCAGGAACAUCAACGUGAAGUUUGUCAGCUCGUCAAACGGGUCUCGUUGCGCCGAGCGUAGUGUAACUUAGCAUAGAGAAUAUUUGGUUCAGGUUGAUUUGCGAACCUUUGCAUCCGCUUCUUCGUGCUAAGCUACACCAACGUCUUUGCCGGAUGUGUGAUUGUUGUAAACGUUUGUGUCGUGCAAAGCAGGUGAACUGCUGAGUGACUUUUUUUUUUUUUCCUCUUCUAAUAUGCAAGAAUCCUUGCAAGGCGUAUAGAAAUGUCAUUUGUUCUUUUGUGCCUUAUGAGUUUACCAAGGAAACAAAAAGUGUAUACAGUCUGUCCAAUGUAACAAUUUUAAGUAAAUAACCUUAUUUUUAGUA